AUGAUCAUCUGCGGCGGCAGCAUCUUCCUGGACACGGGCCACCUCGACAGCAUCGUUCACCCAAGACAAAAGACGGUCUGUGUCAGCAAAGGCGUGCUGACCGGCACCCUGCCGCUGUUCCUCGCGGCCCACGGCGUCUUCAUACCCGUGCGCUACUGCUCUGACGUUGGGUAA